AUGCUCAACCUCCGCCUUCCAUCCUUUUCCCGUCUGGUCGUGGCAGCAGUGCUGUGCGCCAUGCUGGUGGUCUCCACAUCUGCCGGACUUAUCCCGAACGUCGUCUCGAGCACCGAAUUUGUCGCUCAUACCAAUGGCGGGCUGGUCAGGGCCUUCAAGUCUGGUGACAAGUGGUUGGUCGAGGGCUUCGAGAACGCACUUGAACACGCUGUUCCCCUGCGCGAGUCCACCUCCUUCGGCCGCAUGCUUCCCAGCCACGACGUGACGUUCACGCCAACCUCCUCGGGUGUCACCGUCUACAAUCCCGACUCGCGCUUCCACGCCAUCAGGUUUGCCGGAAGCGGCAAAACCUAUCUUAUCUCCCCGAAGUCCAGGCAGACUAUCGACGGCGUCACAAAGCUCCAAGCUCAGCAAGCAAGGUUGUUCAAGCUCAAGCCCGACGCUCAGAUCAACUACGCCGAAUAG